AUGACUAUGUUGUUCCUGGCUAUCGGCAUGAUGCAUCCAUGUGCCAGUACUUUCAGGGAACGGAUCAGGUUGUCCGUAAUUGGUAUCAACAUAGCUCUGGUGAUCAUCCCAUGUUUCAUCAUCAUCACCAACGACAUGCAUAUCCGGAUACUGACCAAUGACAUGCCGAAUUUAGUUCGCCAGCUAAUCAUCAUUGUUUGUAUCACCUUCGUCUUCAUCAAGAUGAUUUCCAGUAUAGUGCGACGAAAGGAGCUCAAAGAAAUCAUUGAUACCAUUAGCGCCGACUACGACAACUUUAACAACAUGCCCGAAGACUACCAAAAGAUAGUCCAUGAAUCGAUAACGAAGACAAAGUUCUUUGAGCGAAUUUGGAUGGCGGCUAUAGCCAUAACGGCAUCUUCUUACCCAGUUCUAGCUACCGUUUUCACGGUCCAUUCCCAGCUGCUCACUGAUACUCCUAAAAGCUACAUGGUCCAUGAUUGCUACGUUAUAUUCCUGUCAGAUGAGCAGAGGUUUCAGACUCCGUAUUUUGAAAUGUUCAAUGUGUUUGCCAUGACUACCGUAUGGUUGAUUUUCAUUGGGUUCACUGGUUUUGACGGCAUGUUUACAAUAUCAAUUAUACACGUCUCUCUGAAGCUAAGAUUCAUUUCUCAGAAUUUAAUACAUUUGUUGGAUUCGGGAUAUGACGGACAGUUAUAUACUCAGACUUACGGGUCUAGAGCAGAUAUAGUACUCCUACCAGGUCAGGAGAAGGACUUGAACACAUACAUCUACUACUGUUUCGCGAUCGCGACCGCCGUCCACAUUUAUUUGCCUUGCUACUUGGCUGCCGAUGUCGCUAACUACGGUGUAGAAAUAUGUGACUUUGCGUACGGUUGCAAAUGGGAGACCAUACCGGAUCUCAGGAUCAGGCGAUCGAUUGCUAUGAUCAUCAACAGAGCACAGGUGCCCAUACGGUUCAGGGCUCUUGGGAUGUUGACGUACAAUAUGGAGCUGUAUUUGAAGAUUCUACAAACUAGCUACUCCAUGUUUACAAUUUUAAGGAAAUAA